AUGCCUUAUACACAACACAAGAGACAUAGGUUCUCAAUGGUGAUCAAAAGUGAAGUCCAGGGUACGAUGAGCGAGUCCUCAGAUGCUCAGACGGCGGUCGAAAACUUGUGUGCAAGGGUUCAGGAACAGUUGACGGUGGUCGAUGCUGAAGAAUACAAUCAAGCGCUGGUAGAGAUUCUGGGGUCUAAUGAAGAAAAGAGGAAAUUGGAUAAGUCCCCAGAACAGGUUGAGGAAGUUUUGGUUCGAUCUUUUCAGGACCAUUUUGAAUCAAGGAAACUUUUGAUGGAUUUGGUCGCAUCCGAUGUCAAACAAGCGUUAGAUGUGUUUGAGAGACUUCCGUUGAAAACAGUGUCUACAUUUGUGGAUUGUUUUCCGAAUGCCGACGAUACUUUACCGCUUUUGAAGGAGCUGCGGACCAGGAUACAUUAUGGUGAAGACCCUCACGUACAAUAUUUGCUAAAUGUCGUUCUACAGUUGCUGAACAGAUUCAAUUACAGUUUCGAGCAGGUGGGUUUCCUUGUUCAUGAGCUGUGCCUUCGUAUUAAAGAGCCAGAUGUCAAGUCACUGAUGUUGCUUAUCUUCUCUGAGCUGAACAAGAGGUUUCCUGCAAAGUUUAAUGAGAGGCUGCUUGACUUUACCGACUCCUUGGUGGUAGAAUCGGAGGUAGGCAUUGGCAGCGAUCCUAUUUCAGAGAUUGUUGAUAUCUUAACGGAGCUAUACCCGGUGCUAACGACUUUAUGUUCGAACAUUCUGCUUGGCAAAAACCUCAAGGCUCAGCUGGAAAAGAAAUUGAUGGCGCAAGAUGACGACGAUUUUACCAUCAGCCUGCUCAAGCUUUUUUCUAUCGCGUGUAUUGAUGAGACGGUGAGAGCGCAUCUCGCAGAGAAUUAUAUGAGUGUUUUGGAAAGAUCCUUGAAAGUUGAAAGGUUUAGAAUAUAUUCCGCGCUGGUUCUUAUCAAGACAUGGAGCUUCUCCAGCAUGCAGAACAUUGAUGUGAACGCGUUGGCGGAGUAUCUUAUCGAGGGGUUCAAUGGGUCUGAAUUUGAAAACGAAGAGGACAUGAACAUCUGCAUUGAAGGGCUGGCCUACUUGAGCUUGAAGACAUCGGUCAAGAUAAAGUUGAGGAACAGUCUGUUUUCGUGUGAGAAAUUGGUCAGAUUAGCCAAGUCUAAAGAAAUCACCUCAAACUUUUAUGGUGUUCUCGUCAUUUUGGCCAAUUUGAGCGCUUCACCCAAGCAAAGCAAAGGCAGCACAGCCUUCGAUGCAGGAGCAAUGAGGGACUUAAAGUCAUAUUCGGACUUAAAAACACCCACAGAGAUGGAGGCGGAUAACACUAUUGAAAGUGAGGACGAUGUUUUCAAGUUCAAUCAGAAAUACCUGUUGCAAAAUAACCUCCUUUCCGAUUUGAACUCCCUGAUCGGUUCCAUAACUCAUGGCUCCAAACAGCAGUUAAUCCGGAUCAUAUACAAUAUUAGCAGCAACAAGAAGUUUAUUCAAGAAUCCAUUAAACAAGGCAGUGUCACGGCGAUUUUGCAAUACAUGACCACGAAAGAAGUGGCCAAAGACCCAAUAAGAGUGCUGGCAUCCAGGUCUUUGGCGAAAAUGCUGGUGUACACAAACCCGUCGAUAAUCUUUAAGAAGUAUUCCCCCGUGAAUGCUAUUUCUCCUCUUUUUGAGUUGCUUCCACGAAGCACAACAACGCAAGAAGAACCUUUCUUUGAUGAAGACGUAUUAACGGUUAAUGACUCCUUCAAUGCCCUUUUGGCCCUCACUAACCUAGCUUCGCUAAGUGGCUCUCAAGGUGAGGACGUGUGCAGGCGCAUUGCAACAAACGAACAAUACUGGUCCACCGUGGAGGCCUUGAUGUUAGACGAAAACAUAAUGCUACAGAGAUCGACACUAGAGUUGUUGAGCAACUUAAUGAGCCAUCCCAAACCCAUCGCCGUGAAAUUUUUCAAUUUCGAGAAUCAACGUAGUGUGAGAAACUUCGAGAUUCUUGUUAAGUUACUAGAGCUCGAUGACGUGGAAUCUCAGAGGGCCGUGGCAGCCAUAUUCGCAAAUAUUAGCGUAUCCGUACCCUUCAUCGCUCAAGAACUGUUGAAAAGGCAAAAUUUACUGGCAAAGGCUGUAGAGGUUCUACACAAUCAAACAGACGAUGUUGAGCUCAGUGAGCGUCUCAUCCUACUGCUGCACGCGCUCACUGACGUGAUAACCACAGACAAUCUAGAGUUGGGAUCAUAUCUGAUUGGAAACAAGAAGCUAAUCGACGCUUUGAACAAAGCAUCUCAUAUGGCAGACCUAGAUCCGCAGUUCUCCGAGUUAAUUCCCAUAAUACUUGAAAGAUGUCAGUGUUAG